GCAGAAGUGCGUUCACUAAUGCCAGGAUGUGCCUUAUUACUUUGGAUCAUGUAUGGGGUACAGAUGUCCCAAAAGACUAACGCACAGCCUCUCUAAACCGAAUCAGCAGAACCCUCAGUCACCAUGGCACAGCAGCUCCUGCCAGUGCCACCCCUGAAGAAGAUGGGCUCACCAGCUACUGCAGUGCUUGCCCUCAUUGUCCUGUUCCUGUUUCUCGAGCUUUUGUUCAAGUUUGUUUUCUUGUGUCCCUGUGAUCCAAACUAUGGCAGACAUGUUUGUUUCUGCAUAAUGUACAUGCUGCUCCCUGCGUGCAUCUUCUUUUACGUCUGCCUCUUGAUGGACAACAAGCGCAUGGAGACCUGCGGAUGGACCAGAGAGGACUUCCCCCGGCCCUCCACCAAGUGUUGCACUGUGUUUCUGAAGGCGUUGUCCAUAGGCCUGCUUUGGUUAAUAAUAGCUUUCAUCAAUGGAGACUGGUAUGUGUGCUUAAUGACGCAUAGCAAUGGUACAGCGGAGGAACAGCUUGCCUGCAAGGAUGAGGGAGACAUGACAAAAUCUGAAAAGGUUGAAGUCACAUAUUACACCAAUGUAUCUCGGUCUGUGGGCUUAGGUUUGAUUUUAAUAGUUCUGCUCCUGUGGGUUGGUGGAUCGUGCAGACGCACGUCUUAUAGACAACAUCUUUUUGACCAGCAACUGGAGGAAGAAUCUGAAGACAUUUUCCUUCAAAUGAUAGUUGAUGAAGCAAAACAGAAAUCAAGAGAAGGGGCAACAAAUAUCAGAUAACAUGUUAUGAUGAUGACUGCAUUGAUGGAUAAGUUGUUUCAUAAAUUGUUCAAGCCUAUGCAAUAUGGAACAGCAAACAAAUGAUGUAAUGUUUUACAAAAAAGGGGGACAUUCAUCAAAUUUAAUAAUUGAAAACAUAAUCAGGAAAGCAUGGAUAACUUGUCUUUACAACAAUUUUGCAAAUGCUGUUCUCCCAUAAACAAUACAAUCAGUCCUGACUCCUGUGCAUCCAGAGUUGCCGAACAGGCUCACAAUAUAAUAACUAUAAUACAAUGUCUAAAGAACUAACCUUGGAUAUUUAACUCAGCUAUGUGGAAAGACCAUAGUAGUACAAGACUAUUGUGCCAUAAGGGCCAAGACUAGUUGGUAAUAAUUAUAGGUAGCAUUUGAAACUGAGACAUAUUCCCACUGCCCUGCUGAUCAUUUGGAGGGCUCAUACAGAUUAGAUUAGAUCACAAAUGGUCAAAAUGAUGACGAAUGCCACAUACUGUACUGUAAGGCCGUAAGAGUGUUUGAUGUGUCCUCCACUUCUCUCUAUUAAAU